CUGCGAUAAUAAAGAUUUUUUUUUUAAAGGUCUAAAAUUUUCGAUUUCCUACUGUCCUUGAAUGCAGCAUUAAUUCCUCGCUUUCGUGAUUCAACCAACGUGAAAAGUUUGUGUACAUUUUAGCUUAUAUCUUGUAUUUUCAAGUGUGUAGAAAAACGCUGGACGUUUCUUUCGCACCAUCGGGUGUAUACAAUAAUUUUGUACGUGACACCCCAUCAUUUUAUUAAGUACUGUAGCCUACAGUCUGUAGGUAACCUGCAGCUGGAUGGAAUUGACUAGUUUGUGUUAAUUGGCUAACAUUGAAGACGUGCUUAUCCUCGUGCGACUGAACGGAACUUGUGAGAAAUGGGGCGAGAGAAGGACGUGGCAGAAAGCCGGAAGGCCAAGCACAAAGUCUCUCAAUUGAACAAGAGGCUAAACGACAAUGAGCUUGCUGGAGCCGAAGGUGACACUAUUCAUAGCACUGCAGAGCCAACAAAAUCUACAGAGACAACUCCUAAUGGAAAGGACAAGAAGGUGAAAACACCAAAGACUGAGAAGCUGGACUCACCUAGCAAUUCCAGCGAGUCGGACGAUGGUCAUUUCACUACAAAGAAGAAAGGCGUGAAAAGAAAAAGAAUCAAAGAUGAGCCUGCUGAUAUUCCCACCAGUGACACACAAAAAACUUCCUCCUCAACAAAAAGCAGCAAAAAUAAGAAAAAGCAACAUUCAGUAGAAGAAGAAAAUUAUGGCGAACCUCUGAAAAAGAACGCUAAGAAAAAUAGCGAAACGGAUGUGAAGAUAGAGGAAGGAGAAAAAACAGUUUCCAAAAAGCCGAAGAAGACAAAGGAGGAGAUUAAGGAAGCAAGAGAAUUGAAGAUCAGACAGAAGGAAGAAGAGGAGCAGAAGCGCUGGCGAUGGUGGGAAGAAGAGAAGUAUGAAGCAGGGGUAAAAUGGAGGUUUCUGGAACACAAAGGACCCUACUUCCCGCCUAACUACCAGCCCCUACCAGACAAUGUUCACUUCCACUACAAAGGUAAGCCAGUGAAGCUCAGCCUGGCAGCUGAGGAAGUGGCUGUGUUCUUUGCUCAGAUGUUAGAUCAUGAAUACACUACGAAGAAAGUUUUUCGUGAGAACUUCUUCACUGACUGGAGAAAGGUGAUGACGCAAGAGGAGAGGUUGUUGAUUCAAGAUCUUGACAAAUGUGAUUUUGGAGAGAUUCAUGCAAUGCAUAAAGCCAAGGUAGAGGAAAAGAGAAACAUGAGCAAGGAGGAGAAACUGGUUUUGAAAGAGGCCAGUCAGAUGAUAGUGGAGGAGUUUGGCUACUGUCUACUAGACCACCACAGAGAACGUAUUGGCAACUUCAAGAUUGAGCCUCCGGGGCUGUUCAGGGGUCGAGGCGAGCAUCCCAAACAAGGCAUGCUGAAGAAAAGGAUCCAGCCCGAAGAUGUCAUAAUCAACUGCAGCAAAGAAUCCUCCAUUCCUGUGCCUCCUGCCGGUCAUCACUGGAAGGAAGUUCGACACGACAACUCUGUGACAUGGCUGGCCAGUUGGACAGAAAAUAUCCAGGGGGCCAUUAAAUAUGUCAUGCUUAAUGCCAACUCCAAACUCAAAGGUGAAAAAGACUGGGAGAAAUUUGAGGUUGCUCGCAAGCUUAAGACGCAUGUGGAUGGCAUUCGGAAGCAGUACCUUGAGGAUAUGAAGUCCAGAGAGAUGCGCAUUCGACAAAGAGCUGUGGCCCUCUACUUCAUAGACAAGCUGGCGCUGAGAGCUGGUAAUGAAAAGGAGGAGGGAGAGACGGCCGACACAGUGGGCUGCUGUUCGCUACGUGUUGAGCACAUCACACUCCACAAGCAGCUGGAUGGCAAAGAUUGUGUAGUGGAAUUUGAUUUCCUGGGCAAAGAUUCCAUUCGCUACUACAACAAGGUUCCAGUCAUCAGUAAGGUCUUUAAGAAUCUUAAGCUUUUCAUGGAAAAUAAGGACCCUGGAGAUGAUCUCUUUGACCGCCUCACCACCGCCAUGCUGAAUAAGCAUCUGAGUUCCCUCAUGCCAGGUCUGACAGCAAAGGUUUUCAGGACAUACAAUGCCUCCAUCACUCUGCAGCAGCAACUCCAAGAACUCACAAAUGAGUCCAUGGACAGUGACGCGGAGAAAUUGCUGUGCUACAAUCGAGCCAACAGAGCGGUUGCAAUUCUCUGUAACCAUCAGCGGGCACCGCCAAAGACUUUUGAGCAGUCUAUGGCGAAUCUUCAGGCUAAGAUUGAUACAGGAAAGGAGCAGCUGGCGCUUGCCAAGGUGGAGCUGAAGCAAGCUAAAAAGGAUGCAAAGGAAAAAGACAACUCAGACCCCAAGCUGCAGAUAGUGGUGGAGAAGAAGGAAGCAGCUGUGAAGCGCUGUAAAGAGAGGAUUCUGAAGCUGGAAGUCCAGGCUACGGAUCGAGAGGAAAACAAGCAGAUUGCACUGGGUACCUCCAAGCUUAACUAUUUGGAUCCACGUAUCAGUGUGGCUUGGUGCAAAAGAAUGGGGGUACCUAUUGAAAAAAUCUAUAAUAAGACCCAAAGGGACAAGUUUGCCUGGGCUAUUGACAUGACAGAUAUUGACUUUGAAUUCUAAGUCUUCAC